AUGGCGACGAGCAGCUUGGUGACGCUCGACGAGGCGCUCGCCUUCAUCGAUUCCUGCGACGACGAGAGUGUGGCUGAAAGUACCCGCGGAGCCGGAACUACUGACGCUCUGCUGACCUUUGAAGCCCUCGACGAGCUGCUGAAUGCCGCCUCUCCACCGAGGAAGAAGAAGCGAUACCGAGAGCGUCUUCAGGCUGAGCAGACGAAUAAACGCAUUAAAGAAGUCCGCGAUCGCCUGCAGAAGCAUCGCAAGCAAUUGUCGGGUAUUCUACGGCAAGAAGACACGCUCCAGGGAUACGAUUUCGUGAAGAAACUAUCAUCGCCGGUGCUCCAGGAUUCGUACUUCACUGUGGGUUAUACCAGCACAAUUGCAGAAGAGCGUGCGACCAGAGUAAUCUUCACGAGGAGCGAGCCGAAAUACGACGAGAAGACCCAGUCCAGAACGCUCGAGAUCGUCACGACCACACCGCUGGACAGCUCCGUGAACGCAGUAGUCGACGCGCUUUGGACUUCUCUCGCGAGCACUUACGCGAAAGGAUCGGAGCCUAAUUCGUUGCAGGGCGACCGAUCUGUCAACCUCGACCACCGGGGCUGUGCUGUUCACUUCGACAAGCUCUACUUCCUUCGCAAGUUUGAAGAAGAAGAGAGGGUCAUCUUCAUUUGGUCCUGCUUCUUCCUGUCGUCGGCCAAGCUGCAGUACCGGACUCUGGGAUACAUCGUCGUCGCUCCAGCAGAGACCAAUCCAUCGCGAGGAUGCGUCGUCCACUCUGAGCUCAACCUCCACAUGGAGUACAGAGGCGAACAGCCAGCCAAAGGCUUCGAUGAAGCUCACAACAUGGCUCUAGGAGCAUGCUGA